UAUAACAAUAGAUUGUCGCCUAAAGAAAAUGUCUAUCGGAGUAAACUUUGAUACAUAGAAAUAUACAUAUAUAUGGCCAAUGUUAUUUUAAACAGUAUUAUAGUUCAGUGGGCCAACGCACCUGCGCGCGAACUUUAAAAGGCACGUUGCACCCCUUCUCCAUAUCGACGGGCUCCUCGUCCUUUUCCCCGGAACCCUUCCUUGUCUCGGCUCCUCCCCCAUCGCUCUCUAUUCUUCCUCUCUCGCUCUCAUCGUGUGCACACGCGCGCACAGCAGAAUGUGGUUGGCCAGGUACACCUGGGCGCGUAAAAGGAGGGAACCAACACCAAGCGUUCCAGCGGCACGGCACUUGCAUCGCGCCGUUGUCUAUUCCGCUGGGUCGUACGUAUCGGGUUCUCAGCGGUAGAGGGAGAAAAAGGGAGCUAUCGACAUUAGCUGGGAGUAGGACAGUAUUGGUGUUCAAGAGUAGACGAGUGUCGAGGGCAUGAAAGGGGCCAUUUCCUUAUUUUAAAAACGUUCCGGGAGUCUCUUUAGUAGGCGGAGUCACAACUACCAGAUGCGCCACCAUUGGUUGUCACAGUGUCUAAUAUAUUAUAACACGGUCUAUCGAGUUUAGUGAUAUAUACAUUGCAGGAGAUGUACAAAUCUUUCACAGUGUGGCGUAGUCCCGCCAAGAUAGAGCGAAUCUUGCGCAUUCUCGUCAACUAUGCUUGUGAAAUAGACUCGAGGAUCAAUUUUAAUGGUUUUUUGGAAUCUACUAAACACUGGAUUCUUCAAGUCAUUCGUGAAGAAGAACCAAUGUCAUUCAUGACAUUCCAGCGGACGACGACAUGUUGUUAUGUCCCGCCAACACAGAUCUUGCACACACCAUACGAGGAACAGCUUGAUGGAAUAAAAUCACAGUAUCCACUUAUGAAUUUGGAGUGUCCAUCCCAAAAUUUUCCAGUUUGGUCCUCUAAUUUCUUAUCAAUGACAACAAAAAAUACGUCUCUUGAAACACUUAAUUCUCUUUCUGAACCAUCUGUUAAAUCUUUUGAUCCUUUUAUUGAUUCUCCUGCUGGGUCUUCUACUGAUUCUCCUAUCGAACCUCUUCCUGAUUCUCCUACUGACCUUUCUACUAAAUCUUCUACAUGUUGUUGGUCGACCGUUAACAAUCAAUGAAGUAAAUCGUCGAGGAAAACUACGUCGUAGAAUCCAAAGAAAAUCGUGUCGCCUCCAAAGUGAUAGAAUGGUUGUCGGGACGAGCACUGAACCUGACUAUCAAUCAUUGCCAACACGUUUCGGACAUCGCUUCGCGAGGUGUGCAGUCAACGCUGUUACAUAUUCAGUGGUCCGAGCAAAUCGCAGUCAAUCGAGCAAUUCUUAAAAAAAAAAUCGCGAAAAAUUAUUAUGUCGGUUUCGCAGCAAGUUCCCAGACGUUUUCCGUCCUUUGCUUUUAAUCCCCGAUUGUGAUCGUGGUCCUUCGUGAAAGGACGAAAGUUACGGCUUCUCUACGAACAAUCUCACAAUGAUCGACGCCAUUGCGAUAACAGAUCUUUGCGGUAAUGGAUCGAACGAUCGUGGACCGUCAUGCGAA